GGAUGGAAAGUGAGUACCUAAGGAGGUGCUUUGGAAAUUGCCUGACCCAGGCAUUGGCGGAAGUGGCGAAAGUUCGGCCCAGCGACCCAAUAGAAUACCUGGCACACUGGCUUUAUCAUUAUAGGAAAACAGCUAGAGCAAGAGAAGAGAGCAGGCAGGAGAAGAUCCAACUGAAGGAAGAAUAUGACAGUAGCUGCAGGGAAAGGGAAAUGACAGAAAUGCUGAAGCAAGAAGAAUGGCAGAUGCAACAGAAGUGUAAGAAGUGUUGCAAGGCACUGAUUUCUGAAACUGUUUCCUCAAAGAAGACUGUAUUCAGGCAGGAGGACAUGAAACCCCUUGAGAAGGAGGCCUUGAAGCAGGAAUCCCUGCGAGGUGCUCCUGGUGUGAUUCCAGGAGAGCCUCAGCAGGCGUCUCCUUCAGAGUCUGCUGCCCAGGCUGACUGGAACCCCCCAACUCCACAAGAACUAAAUCACCAGGAAGCUCUUCAGCAUGAAGUUUCCCAUGAAAUGCCUUCUGGUUCCAAAUCUCCUCCCUAG